AUGACAACCAAAGUCGAAGCCAUCACCACAGUGUCCGACCAUGUCGAAAAGGCACCCGACUCCAUCGCCAUCCAAAAGGCCAUUGACGCUCAAGACCUCACUCCCAAGCAACAAUACCAGCGCCUCUGGACAAACCUCAAGAAAGACAAGCGCUUCGUCCUAUGGUCCAUCUACAUCAUGUCCCUAGUCUUUGGCUGGGGUUACGACGCUGGUCUCUCAGGUGUAGCCGUUGCUUUCCCUGAGUUUCGUAAGGUUUAUGGAGAAUACUACAGUGUUGGUGAUCAAUAUGUCAUCCCGGCGCUGUGGCAGUCUCUGUGGAACGCUGCGAGUACGAUUGGACAGAUCUUUGGUGCGUUUCUGGCGGGCACGUUUGCAGAUUGGGUUGGGCGCAAGUAUGUUCUUUGGACUGCUGUCGCUCUAUCUAUUUCGUCUUCGUUCGCGCUUGUCUUUGCUCCUAGUCUGCCUAUCCUCUUUGUCUCCAAGCUUCUCCUUGGUCUUUCUGUUGGUCUCUCAACUGUCACACCUCCUCUAUAUGUCACAGAGAAUGCACCCGCAGCUCUGCGAAGCUCUCUUAGCUCUCUCACCAACGUCAUCAUCGUGCUGGGCUUCUUCCUCUCCUCCAUCACUGGCUGGGGAUCUUCCAAGAUCAAGGGCGAAUGGAGCUUCCGACUUGCUUUUGUCAUGACUUUCCUUGUCCCUACGCUCUUCGCCAUUGGUCUUCCUUUCCUGCCCGAGUCACCUGUUUGGUACGUCAAAAAGGGUCGCGACGACGAUGCCCGAAAGGCCAUCUUUAAGCUUUACGGUGAAUCUAUCGACGUUGAGGAAAGACUCGAGUUUAUCAAGUCUGAACUCGAGGUUUCUGCUGGUGAAGCCAACAUGGCUAAGCAGACUAGCUGGAAGGCCAUCUUCUCCAAGGAGCACCGAAGCAGAACCCUCAUCGCUGUCAUGGGACUUCAAUCUCAGAACUUCUCCGGCGGAUACUUUGCCAACACUUACCAGACCUACUACUUCGAACUUAUUGGCCAAUCUGACCCCUUCGGUCUCACAGCUAUCUCUUCGACACUCCAAUUCCUCUCCAACUGCGUCGCCGUCUGCGUCUCCGAUGUCCUCCCCCGUCGCAAGUCCCUCAUCGGAGGCGGUACACUUCUCUGCUGCUGGUCCAUCAUCAUCGCCGGAACAUCCCUCGCAGGCACCGCCAACACAGCCGCCAACACUGCUCUCCUCGCCUUCAUGAUCACCUGGUCGAUGCUAUACACCGGUACAGUUGGUUGCUUCGGAUGGGCUAUUGCGCAAGAAACUGCUGCUCAGGCUACACGUCCCAAGACUAUUGCUUUCAGUCUUGUUUGCCAGCAGCUCACUGCGCUUAUGCUGUCUUCGGUGUUUCCCUACUUCAUCAACCCUGAUCAACUUAACUGGGGCGGAAAGGUCAUGUUCUUGUUUGUUGGUGCAGAGGUCUUCAUUCUGGCUACGCUGUUUUGGUUCCAGCCUGAGACGAAGAACAGGACUUAUCAUGACAUCGAUUGCCUGUAUGCUGAGGGUGUACCUCCCAGAAAGUUCUCCAAGUAUGUUGUUAACGAUGGAGCUGUUGUGCGAAAGCCUACUGCGGAGAAGAAGUGA